CACUGUGCAGGUGACGGCGAACCAGGUAACCAGCUGCCGAGGGAGGAACCCUAGCGGAACACUGUGCAGGUGACGGCGGCGCGCUACCGGUGACGGGGGAUACGGCGGCAUCGUCCCCCUCGGCCCCUCCUCCAUCCCCGGCGUGGCGGCGCAGGCAGCCAGCCUGCAGGGUUUUCUGACUCAGAUUACUUGUUCACUGUGGGGUGCAAGCUUAAUCGGCCACCAUGGAUGUUGAUAAGCAAGAAACAAUGGAGGAGACCAUCCUUGUUGGUGAUGAUCUCAUGCGUGGGCCGCCAUCCCCUGUCAUACCGAAAGAGAUCGCAUCACAUGUCCUUGAAGAUGUUGAGCUUUGUGAUGGUAUACUCAAGAACCUUUUCUUAUGCCUACAGAUCAAUGAUAUUGAGCCAUUCUGCCAAGAUGAAAUUGUGCUAUAUCGACAGUGUGCUGAGAAAAGGGACAAGGAAAUAAGAGAGCGGAUGCAAAAUAGUGAAUAUAAAUUGGGUUUUUCGAUGCCCCUGAAACAAGCGAAGGAGAGAGCUACUCAACUCCAAUCAGAAGUAACACUGCUAGAAAGGCGCAUGAUUCUUGCUAGUGGACUUGAGGGUAUGGAAGGAUUUCGCCAGAGAUGGAGCUUGCACGGACAGCUUGAAGACACAAGGAAAAGGCUAGAAGCACUGAACCAUGGCAUGGAAAAACGAGAGAACCAAAGUUCUACGGCGGAGAGGACAAAAUCUCCAGCUGGGAAGAAGUGGUUCUUUUGGUAGUACGUGUUGUGUGCAAUAUGCAAACUCCAACGAUGGUCCAGCUGUGUGGUCCAAAUGGGAUGACUUGUUAGGCAAGUUGCAUUCUAAGCGGCUAAGCCUGAAGCAAUGUGAUAGCAGCUAACAAAGCUACAAUUUGUUUGCAACAUGUACCUCUAGGGUCUACUCCCCCUAAAGUUUGUGCCAUACUCAUGUGUUUCCAUUUGCAUCUGGUCCUCUUUGGAUGCAAAGUAGCAUUGGAUAAAGCUAGGGUUUUGUAAAAUAUGUUGUUUUUUAAAAGCGACGAACUCUGUUUGGAUAUGACAAAUCUUGGUAGUUUAUAAAAGCCAUGGUUUUAUUAAAACUGUGCAGUCAUUUGGAGUUCUUAGUAACUCACAAGUUGUGGCCUCUUUUUUGGCUUAUAGAACCACACUUUUUCGAGAAGUACAUCCAAACAAGAGGCUGUAUUGGAUGUUUGUGGUUUGAGAAACUGUAGUGUCAGUAAACUUUGAUUUUAGAACAAGAUGUGUGCCAGACUUUGGUAUAAAGAGGUGUGGUAUUUCUC